AUGGGGGGAGCUGAGACGUAUAAGACAUAUAAGAAGAGAAUCAAUGUUUUGCUUGAUGAACAAAUAGUACUACAACCAAAAAAGGAUUCUGGCCCUACAAAUUCUGAAAAUAGCACUCAAUAUGGAGAUGAUGUUACAACAAAAAAACAGACAGAAGACAAACAUUUAAACCAAUGCUAUUUUGCCCAUCCUUCGCUAUUGGUUGCCAACGGUCAAGAAAAACCUCGUUGGUUGGGGUGGCGUGGGUGGAUAAUUGAAUUACUUGAGCUCAGAAUAAGAGAGGAGAUGGAAGGAGUACCGCACCCAGUACCCAGAACUGUGGAGGAGGUUUUCACGGACUUUAAGGGUAGACGCGCUGGUUUGAUUAAGGCCCUCACCACCGACGUUGAAAAGUUUUACCAGCAGUGUGAUCCUGAGAAGGAAAAUCUGUGUCUAUAUGGGUUUCCAAAUGAAACCUGGGAAGUAAAUUUGCCUGUUGAGGAAGUGCCUCCUGAACUUCCCGAGCCAGCAUUAGGUAUAAACUUUGCCAGGGAUGGCAUGCAAGAGAAGGACUGGUUGUCACUAGUUGCAGUUCACAGUGACUCAUGGCUUCUUGCUGUUGCUUUUUACUUUGGUGCCCGCUUUGGAUUUGGUAAGAAUGAAAGGAAAAGGCUUUUUCAGAUGAUAAAUGAUCUGCCAACAAUCUUUGAACUUGUGACUGGAAGUGUUAAGCAAUCAAAGGAUCAACCAGCUACUCAAAACAAUGGUAACAAAUGCAAAUCAAGCGGAAAGGUGUCCCGUCAGUCUGAGUCUCAGGCCAAGGGGAUGAAAAUGUCUGCACCACCCAAAGAGGAGGAUGAGAGUGGAGAGGAAGAAGAAGAAGAUGACGAACAAGGUGCAACAUGUGGUGCUUGCGGUGAUAAUUAUGGCACUGAUGAAUUCUGGAUCUGUUGUGAUAUGUGUGAAAGAUGGUUCCAUGGUAAAUGUGUUAAAAUUACUCCUGCUAAGGCUGAACACAUCAAGCAAUACAAGUGCCCCAGCUGCAGUAACAAGAGGGUUAGGGUUUGA